CCUCGUUCACUUUCCGUAUUUCUUUUCUCUGCUCUCCUGCUUUUUGGCUGGCCCAGGGAUGACUUCGUCGCUGCGGCGGCCCCGGCGGGUGCCCUCGCUGCUGUGGACCGUCCUGCUGGUCAGCGCUGCGGCCGCUUCUCAGAAUCAAGAACGUCUUUGUGCAUUUAAAGAUCCAUAUCAACAAGACCUUGGGAUAGGUGAGAGUCGAAUCUCUCAUGAAAACGGAACAAUAUUAUGCUCAAAAGGUAGCACCUGCUAUGGCCUUUGGGAGAAAUCAAAAGGGGACAUAAAUCUGGUAAAACAAGGUUGCUGGUCUCACAUUGGAGAUCCCCAGGAGUGUCACUACGAAGAAUGUGUAGUAACUACCACUCCACCCUCAAUUCAGAAUGGAACAUACCGUUUCUGCUGUUGUAGCACAGACUUGUGUAAUGUCAACUUUACUGAGAAUUUUCCACCUCCAGACACAACACCACUCAGUCCACCUCAUUCAUUUAACCGAGAUGAGACAAUAAUCAUUGCUUUGGCCUCAGUCUCUGUAUUAGCUGUUUUGAUAGUUGCCUUAUGCUUUGGAUACAGGAUGCUGACAGGAGACCGUAAACAAGGUCUUCACAGUAUGAACAUGAUGGAGGCAGCAGCAUCAGAGCCCUCUCUUGACCUAGAUAAUCUGAAACUGUUGGAGCUGAUUGGCCGGGGUCGAUAUGGAGCCGUAUAUAAAGGUUCCUUAGAUGAACGUCCAGUUGCUGUAAAAGUGUUUUCCUUUGCAAACCGUCAGAAUUUUAUCAAUGAGAAGAAUAUUUACAGAGUGCCUUUGAUGGAACAUGACAACAUUGCUCGCUUUAUAGUUGGAGAUGAGAGAGUCACUGCAGAUGGACGCAUGGAGUAUUUGCUUGUAAUGGAGUAUUAUCCCAAUGGAUCUCUAUGCAAGUAUUUAAGUCUCCAUACAAGUGACUGGGUAAGCUCUUGCCGUCUGGCUCAUUCUGUGACUAGAGGACUGGCUUAUCUUCAUACAGAAUUACCACGAGGAGAUCACUAUAAACCUGCAAUUUCCCAUCGAGAUUUAAAUAGCAGAAAUGUUCUGGUGAAAAAUGAUGGAACCUGUGUUAUUAGUGACUUUGGGUUGUCCAUGAAGCUGACUGGAAAUAGACUGGUGCGCCCAGGGGAGGAAGAUAAUGCAGCCAUAAGUGAGGUUGGCACAAUCAGAUAUAUGGCACCAGAAGUUCUAGAAGGAGCUGUGAACCUGAGGGACUGUGAAUCAGCUUUGAAACAAGUAGAUAUGUAUGCACUUGGACUAAUUUAUUGGGAGAUAUUUAUGAGAUGUACAGACCUCUUCCCAGGUGAAUCUGUACCAGAAUACCAGAUGGCUUUUCAGACAGAGGUUGGAAACCAUCCCACUUUUGAAGAUAUGCAGGUUCUGGUGUCUAGGGAAAAACAGAGACCCAAGUUCCCAGAAGCUUGGAAAGAAAAUAGCCUGGCAGUGAGGUCACUCAAGGAGACAAUCGAAGACUGUUGGGACCAGGAUGCAGAGGCUCGGCUUACCGCACAGUGUGCUGAGGAGAGGAUGGCUGAACUUAUGAUGAUAUGGGAAAGAAACAAAUCUGUGAGCCCAACAGUCAAUCCAAUGUCUACUGCUAUGCAGAAUGAGCGCAACCUGUCACACAAUAGGCGUGUGCCAAAGAUUGGCCCUUAUCCAGAUUAUUCUUCUUCCUCAUACAUUGAAGACUCUAUCCAUCACACUGACAGCAUUGUGAAGAAUAUUUCCUCUGAGCAUUCGAUGUCCAGCACUCCUUUGACUAUAGGGGAAAAGAACCGAAACUCGAUUAACUAUGAACGGCAGCAAGCACAAGCUCGAAUCCCCAGCCCUGAAACAAGCGUCACCAGCCUGUCUACCAACACUACAACCACAAACACCACUGGCCUCACUCCAAGCACCGGCAUGACCACUAUAUCUGAGAUGCCAUACCCAGAUGAAACAAAUCUGCAUGCUACAAAUGUUUCACAGACAAUCGGGCCAACCCCUGUCUGCUUACAACUGACAGAAGAAGACUUGGAGACCAACAAGCUGGAUCCAAAAGAAGUUGAUAAAAACCUCAAGGAAAGUUCUGAUGAGAAUCUCAUGGAGCAUUCUCUUAAACAGUUCAGUGGGCCAGACCCCCUGAGCAGUACCAGUUCUAGCUUGCUUUACCCCCUCAUAAAGCUUGCAGUGGAAGUGACUGGGCAGCAGGACUUCACACAGGCUGCAAAUGGCCAAGCAUGUUUAAUUCCUGAUGUCCCACCUGCUCAGAUCUAUCCUCUCCCCAAGCAACAGAACCUUCCUAAGAGACCUACUAGUUUGCCUUUAAACACCAAAAAUUCAACAAAGGAGCCCCGGCUGAAAUUUGGCAGCAAGCACAAAUCAAACUUGAAACAAGUAGAAACUGGAGUUGCCAAGAUGAAUACAAUCAAUGCUGCAGAACCUCAUGUGGUGACGGUCACCAUGAAUGGUGUGGCAGGUAGAAACCACAACGUUAACUCCCAUGCUGCCACUACCCAGUAUGCCAAUGGGGUAGUACCAUCUGUCCAGACAGCCAACACAGUGGCACAUAGAGCCCAAGAAAUGCUGCAGAAUCAGUUCAUCGGUGAGGACACCCGGCUGAAUAUUAAUUCCAGUCCUGAUGAGCAUGAACCUUUACUGAGACGAGAGCAACAGGCUGGCCACGAUGAAGGUGUUCUGGAUCGUCUUGUGGACAGGAGGGAACGGCCACUGGAGGGCGGCCGAACUAAUUCCAAUAACAACAACAGCAAUCCAUGUUCAGAGCAAGAUGUUCUUACACAGGGUGUUCCAAGCACAAUAGCAGACCCUGGACCAUCAAAGCCUAGAAGAGCACAGAGGCCUAAUUCUCUGGAUCUUUCAGCCACAAAUGUCCUUGAUGACAGCAGUUUGCAGUUAGGUGAGUCAACACAAGAUGGCAAGUCAGGAUCUGGUGAAAAGAUCAAGAAACGUGUGAAAACUCCUUAUUCUCUUAAACGGUGGCGCCCGUCCACCUGGGUCAUCUCUACUGAACCACUGGACUGUGAGGUCAACAACAAUGGCAAAGACAGGGCAGUUCAUUCCAAAUCCAGCACCGCUGUUUACCUUGCAGAAGGAGGCACUGCCACAACCAUGGUGUCAAAAGAUAUAGGAAUGAACUGUCUGUGAAAUGUUUCCAAGCCUAUGGAGUGAAAUUAUUUUUUGCAUCAUUUAAACAUGCAGAAGACAUUAAAAAAAAACUGCUUUAUUCUCCUGUCAGUACCCCCUCCCACCCCUGCAACAAGGACUUGCUUUAAAUAGAUUUCAGCUAUGCAGAAAAAUUUAGCUUAUGCUUCCAUAUUUUUUAAUUUUUUUUUUAAGUUUUGCACUUUUGUUUAGUCUCGCUAAAGUUAUAUUUGUCUGUUAUGACCACAGAAUUAUAUGUGUGUGUAUCAAAAGUGGUCUCAAAAUAUUUUUUUAAGAAAAAAAAGCAAAAACAAUGUAUUGCUGAUAAUCAGUUUGGACCAGUUUCUAAAGGUCAUUAAAUCAGAAACAGAUUAAGACAGGUUUGACUGCAGUGGUGUCUGGUAUCCAUGUUUUAUUUCUGGGCACAAGCUAGUUUAUAUGUUGAUAUGUUCCUGAACACAUUAUCUGUUGGACUUUCUUUUCUCUUGUGUUUUGUUUGAAUGUGCAAUAGUCUGUAGGCCACAAAUAAGCUUUCUCAUAAGUUCUCUUCCUAACAGAAUACGCAUUCUUCCAUGAUAUGAACAUUUUCCUCCCCCAUCCUCCAUACUUUUAGCAGGUCAGUUCUUUGACAGUGAAUUUUUGCACAAGAGAAAGCAGCUACCUGAUUUCUUGCUUUCUCUCUCCUUAUGGAGAAUGCAAAAACAUUGUCUCAAAGGGCUCUAAAGAAGGAACUACCAAAACCUAAUUUGAAAUGCCAUUUCUUUUAUCCUUCCAAAUCCUAAACAUUUCCUUCCAGGCAUUUUAAUGAACAUAUUUGGUUCUGGUUUUGGAAGUUCAUAAGAGCAUAGAACAAUGAGCAAGUCAAAUAUUAGCUGUUUUCCAUUUUAUUUUAUUUUUUUAUAUGUAUGUUCAUGUUCCAUAUUCAUUUAUUUAAGUAGCACAUUUUUAUCAGAAAACUUAUAGAGCUAUACUUACAUGGAAUUUUUAAGUAGAUAGAUGGUUAACACAGUAUAGUAUUAUAGCCUUCAUUCUCUGAAUAGGCCAUGUUUGACUCCAAUAAAAUUACAUCCUGUUUAAAAUAACUUCAAAAGUAAUUCAUAGUUUUGAACCUGUAGUAUCUUUUUUUUUCUUUUCCCAAGCAAAGCCUGGUAACUUUAUCUGAAAAUGAUUCCUCUUCCCAUGACCUAAAACACUGUGUGGAAAAAUCAUUCAACUGGCAUGCCAAACCCCUGUGGAAGGAAGGAUUGCUGCCAAACCUAUCAUUUUUGAGCAGCCUGAGACUUAACCUCUCUCUUUUCAAAACUGUUUCUUCACUAAUCCUAUUUUCAUCAUUUUUCCAUUUGCCAGUUUUUCAUAUCAUCUUUGAUAUGUGAGCAUUUAUUAUUUACAUUAUAUUAGAAUGUACCUUUUAGUGAUAACAUUAUGUAUAUUCAAAUCAUGUUGUUUUUUUAAAGCUUCCUUUGCUUUCAUUACUGAUAAUUGUCUCUAAAACAAUCUCUGCAUGUUUUUUUAAAUAAAGCACUUUAUGUCAAAUAAGGGACUUUUUUUAUGAGCACAAAUUGUUUUCUAUCAAUUUGCAAACAAUGAAGAUCUCACUUUUUUUUUCCAGAUUCUCAGAGUACUUAAUAGACUUUAAUUAAGUUCUAAGAUUUCUCUGGGAGAUAAAGAAGCUGAGAGGAAAACACAAAUCCCAAAUUCCUGAUUGAGGUUUUUAUCUCCUGAACAAAAUUUUCUCACUCAUAUUCCUCUAUCCACAUCAUUUAGCUAAAGACAGCCUAAAUUUCCCAAUUUGCUAUCCAAAAUAUUUAUGACUUACUUGUGUAUAUAAGCCUUCUUUUGUUUGCCAUCUACUGUGAUACUAUGAAGUGAGAUGUUCAGCUAGAUUGCUGAACAUGGUUUUGAACUCUUAGAAUUAACAUUAUUUUGCUAGUGCCCAGGAUUUCCACCCUUUGUAUUUUAUUGGCCCUUCUCUUGAUUCAGAUCCUUAACAUAUUUUUCAGUCAUCUAGCAUAAAAAUUUUUCAUUUUCUUAUUUUUUUAUCUAUGUAAUGAAUUAUUUAUAUUUUUUCCAAUGAAUUUUCACUUGGUUCUCUUGAUUUUCAGUGGCUUUCAGCUGCAUUCCAGGAUAUUACUUUUAAGUAUUUCUAGAACAUCUUUGAGUCCAAAUAAAUUAUAUUCCUUCUCCAAUUGGAAGCAUCGAAGGUAAAUGACCAUUUGAGGUCUAACUGAUUUUUCCUGACAGAAGAGUUGUCUUACAUUCUACUACACUGUGUUUUGGCCAGUUGAUUGUAAGGUUUUCAGCAUUUUUUGAUGUUUAAUAGUAAGAUGCUUUCAAAAAUUGGUAUACCAAAUUAGAAGAACUCCUUAUAGUUUCCCAUUUUUAUGCGAGCAUGUUUAAAACAAUUUCCUUUCCCCAUGUUUUUAUUAGUAGACUCUUGGAAAAGUAGGAGAAAUAGUGUAGAUCAUUUUAAUAAAUCUUAAAUUAAAUUGUACAUCAGACUUAUUUACUUUUAGAAUCUGUUUGCUGUAUACAAGCAAGCAAGAUUACUUAAAAUACUCAUUUGCAAACUUUAUUCAUGUAAUAAUAAUGUAUCUUAAACCUAAUAUUUAACUUCCAUCACAAAAUUUUGCAUGUAGAAAAGCAUUUGGGUCCCUUUGAAUUAAAGGCUAUUCAUUUAAUGAAAAAAUACUAAAAUUCAACCUUAAAAGUAUUAUAACCCUAAAAGCAUCAUAAUAGGUAAUCAAAGUCUGAUAUUAAUUCCCUUAACUGUCCUAAUUGUAUACAAGAAAUGUCAUUGAAAGAACUUGAUUUGAAUUGAGUUUAGACAAAAUGAUUUAAUUAUAAUUCCUAAAACGUUUCCCUCUUUUUAAAUGCAUAAUUGGAAAAAAAUAUUGGUGUAAAAAGUUAUUGGAAGGCAAAGGAGUAGAUACUAAUACUAAUUGGCCAUUUAUUAUAUACUGAAUGCUGGGAUAUAUAUAUACACAUUAUCUCUUUUACUCCUCAUAGCAACCGUAUGAGGAUUAUAGUUAAUAUUCCCAUUUUACAGAUGGGGAAACUGAAGCUAGAGAAGCUAAGUGAUUUGCCCGAGGUCCACACCUAGUAUUUGACAAAUCUGUGAUUUUUAACCUAGGCUUGCUCUCUUCACAUCUCUUUCAUCGACACCACACUGCCUAUACACUACACUGUAUGACAGUAUGCGUGAUGGACUGACAUUUUGUAAGAAAAUUAGUCAUUAUACCCCAGCACAAUUGUGGCUUGUAUAUAAGCCAAACCAGAUACCUUAAUGACUUUAGAAAUUAGGCAAACAAAAGGAGAUGUACAGACAUGUCUGUGGUGAUUGUUGCUUGAAAAAAAUUACUAAUUCAAGACAAAAUUCAAUCCCACAUCUGCCAUCAUGAAUCUUAAAAUCAUUUCAUUUCUCUUCACUCCUGACAGUCUUAUAUUGCAGAACUAAAGGUAAAGUAAAUUUUAAGGGAAAAGCGAAGGCUUAUGGGAACAGAGACCUUUUCCUAAAUUGAUUCCAUAUUUGAUUUUGCGGAAUUAAUUUAAUGUUCACUUUGUCUCAUCAAUCCUUUCAGUUCAUUUUGAAAAUUUCUGCUUUUAAAAGUGACUUUAGAAAAUUUUACUAAUCCAGAGAACUAAUUGAAGAGGAUGUAGGAAGGAUAAUGUCCUUUUUAUAAAGCAAUUUAUAUAGCUUCCUUUCAGGUAUCCACUUGUUCCGGAAAAUGUGUGUUGGUUCUGAAUGUGAAAAUAAUUAAAGAAAGGUAGGAACACUCAAGUAAGUAUGUGUUUCAGUGGGAGUUAUCAUAAAAUUCGGCAAGUAUUUUUAUUUAAAAUAUUUUCUAAUUUGGCUUCUAAAGCCAAAUGAAACACCUGAUAGGCUGCAGCUAUUUACUGAAUUUUCCAUUCUCUAUAAACCUCUCUCUUCAAAGUCAUUUAAAAUGGAAAAAAAUUUCAACAAACUUCUUGGCUUUUUUUUCUUACUUAUAAAAAUGAAUAUUUCAUUGGAGGUAAUUAGUUCCUAGAAUGUGAGAUUACAUUCUAUUUCUGUACAACCUUUUAUAUAUUUAUGUUAAACUUACUUACUACCAGUUAUAUGCAGGUUAUUACAUAACUAUUCACAGAUUGCUUUAUAUAUUACUCUAUCUUCCAAGCUAACUUCUUAAACUUAAAAUCUAGACACACAUGUUAGUUGAUUAUCUAGACCAAUUAUCCUAGAAAUUGUAUAACACUCCCACAGACACCCCAGGAGUCUUUUUCAGACUAGGAAGUUUCUAAAUAUUCAUACCUUUUACUGUCAGUUUGCUCUUCAGCAAAUAAGAGUGCAUUUUGACUUUUAGAUUCUGAACUAUGUAAACUUUAGCCAAAACUACCUUGCGUGAUCCAUUCCUAAAUAUAAUCCUUGAUUAAGUAAAUCUGGCAAAUCACUGUUUAAACUAGUUUACACAAAUAUUAUCAAACGAAGGAUUUUCUACAGGUUCCCAGAUUAACAUACAAGAAAAGAAAAAAUCCCAGGGCACUCUGAUGCACCUCCCCAUUACUUUCCUUCAUUCACCUCUUAGUUUCUGUCUUCACUUACUCUGUCCCUUGGUUAUCUGACUUGCAAUCUUCUGUGUCAGGAAAGUUUUCUUCAUAUCUAUUCUGCUUCCCUCCUGAUUCAUUUUAUAUCCGUUUCUCUUAUCCAAUAGUAAAGAAAAGAGAGCAGUUGCUCAUCCUCUCCAACACUGUUACUCUUCAGUAUACUUCAGGCUUCUCAACACCUAAGUCUCAGUUCUUCAGACAGAAUUGCUUUGGUUCCUUUAGUAUUUUCUCUUCAGUUUUAUUUUAAUACCUACUUAUAUUUAAGAACACCUAAAAUUAUAUUUUGUUAUAUUCAAAUUCAUUACUCCAGUUAAGUAAUAGUUAAAUAGGAUAGAAUUGAGAAUUAAGAUGUUACCAUUUGACAGUGGAUCCAACCAUCAGAUUGUCAGCAAAUCAGCACUUAAGUUUAUAUUAUCUAACAUUUUCUAUUGUGGAGUUUUAUGAUUUUAUACUCUCAUUAGUUUAUAACUAAAAAGCCAUGCAUACAGAAUUGUGUAUCAUUUUGCUAUUCUUUUUUAACCUAUAUUGCAGCACGCUUAGCAUUCAUUAUGAUUGAGCCACAACAUUUUACAUAUUUCUUUGUAUCAAAUAUUAAACACAAAAUGCAAUAUUAACUUUCAAUAGCAAACCCUACAAUAAUCAGGUAUUAUCUACGAACAUUUUUGCAGACCACUUUUGAAAUACUCAUCAUAGUUUUGCAACAUAGACUGGACUCUAACAACUUUUAAGUGACUGGUUAAAAUUGAGUAUUUGUGCAUAUAAGGAAAAAUUUAAGAUUUUAUCUCAUGGCUGGUAACAUUUGAAAAGUAAAUACUUCAGAAGAAUUUAUGCUGUUUACUAAAAUCAUGCCGAAAAUAAAUAUUAUAUCUUGAAAAUUCUAAUUCCUUUAUUACUGUGAUGUUCAUAGUGUUACUGUUAAACGUUGUAACAUUCAUUUUUUAAACUUGAUUUGAGACUCAGAUUUUAAAAUCUGGGUAAGAGACAAGGAAUCUUAUCACAUCAUUAGGGCGUCCAGUUUAUGAUUGAAUUUUCAAGCAAAUUACUGUAUUUUAAACUGCAACUUGUUUUUGUUUUUAAUGUUUUAAAAGGCAACAUGUGGGUUUUUUACAUUUUAUUUGUACCUUUAGAUUUCAGAACCAUCUUCCUGUUUUAGACUCGCUCUGUAGACAUAAUAUUACUUAAAAACUCAGGGCCCUUUUCAUCCCUUUGCACACUGAAAAACUUCAAUUGAUAGCAAACAAGCAGUUAGAUACAGUUGAAUUUGUUGCACACACAGUUCAUUUAAUGUUUCAUCUUAUGAUUUGACUUCAUUUACAUAAAUAUAAUAUCAGCUUUCAUUAAUCAUAAAAACUUGCCCAGUUUUAUAAUUACUGAAUAGAGGGAAAUGACUCAACUAAUUGGCUACAUGUUGCAGCAUAUUUAGGCCUUAGAGUUGAAGCACAGUCUUCAAACGAUUUCUCUUCUUUGGUUAAAUGGUUAUACAUGAUGGGACAAACUGUUUCAUUUUGUUUUUGUGUUUUUAAUUGGAGAACUUGGUAAAGUUCCUCUGAGAUAAAAUUUUUCAAGAGGUAAUUUAACAUUAUUAAACUGUCUUCUAAAAGUGGACUAGUGAGUUUAUAGCUUUAGUAGUAGCUUGGAUGGUUUUGAGAAGGUAAUCUAUGGUAACCUAUUUAUCACAUUGUCAGAUCCAAAUAGAAUGUUUCUUUCAGACAAGUUUAAGCUCCAAAUUGGUAAACUGUAUAUGUAUACUUAAAAUCCUUGCAGUGAAGUUAUUUGUAACCAGUCUCUUGUCUCAGGCUCUCCACCUUAUUACCAAUCCUCUUAAGUGUGAUAGGGAAAACAUAUUUUUAAAGAAGCUUAACAGUAAGAACACUGAAUUAAUAAAAGAUGAACUUCAAAGAUAGGUCCUGGUUUAAUAUUGAAUUGCUUGGCUUCUGUGGCUUUUCUUUUUCUGGUCACAUUUAUUUAUUUAAACAGUUUUUGUAUGCCUUGUCAUGUUUCCAUGGAGAUUAUAUUGUAUAAGUGUUUGUAUAAGCUGGAAUCAUCCUUAAUUUUCUGUUGAUAAUUUUUCAAAUGAAGAUAAGUGGAUAAUUGUAAAAUACACUAACUCUUAGGGUGUUGUAGUAGCUGAAAUAUGGAAAUGUGUAGCUGCCAUGCUUUUUCUGAAUGGACAGGAGAAACAUAAGCUACAGAGUAUUCAUUUCUGAGGAUGCUUUUCUGGAAUAAGAAAGGCUGAAAAAUACUGGCAAUUCCUCAGAACCCUCUUUCUUGUUAACGGGUAUCUUUUGUUGGUGUGUUUUGCUCUUACAUUACCAAUAGAAUAUCAUAUAUGAAUUUUAUGAAUAAUUGCUUUCAGUUAUUUUGCUUUUGUAUAAGCCGUCUGAGACCUUGCUAUGCUGUAUAAGUUGUGUUUGAUGGAUCGGUGUGAGUAUGAAAUAAAGCAAAUCACUUUUCUUUUGUAUUAUCUAUUGAUGCCACUAUGAAAGCUGACAUUAAGCCACUAAAGAGUUUUCUAUGAAUAACUGUAAGUAAAUGCUUUGAUAUAUAUAAACCUAAAUAAAAAGAUUGUAUUGAUACAGAGACAUUGUAGAAGAAGAUUUUAAGAAAGUUCUUUAGGUUUAAAAAUGGCUUGCUGUAAAAUGGUGCAUUAUUCCAUUUAUUAAAGAUCAUAUUAAUGACAACA